AUGAAAAUAGGAAAUACUGCAAUUGAGAUGAAAAAGGAAAUGAUUGAGGGUAUAAGUAAAGCGAUAAGUGACCUUAUAAAAGACAAAUAUAAAGAUACCGAGCAUGAUGUAUUUUGUAAAGAAUGGUAUAGAACUAUGGAAGAUUAUCAUACAUUAUUGUUAGGUGAUGAUAUUGUUAAUGAAAAUAAAACUAAAGAAAUUCAAUGUACAAUAAAACAAAUUGAAAAGAAUGUAGGAGGAGAAGACAAAUUUAAACAUGAAUGGAGCAGACAUUUUAAAAACAUUGUACAAGGUUUGCAAACAAAAGAGUUCACUAAUAAAAUUACACAAAAACCUUGCCAAAUAUCGUAUGAUGGGAAAUCCCAAUGUGUACGUUUUUUUGAAGAAUGGGCCGAAGAGUUUUGCGCACUGAAACGCAAUUUGGGUAAUAUGGUGGUGGAGGAAUGUGGUGGUGCAAGUGGUGGUGGUAAUAAUUGUAAUGGUUUAUGUAAUAUGUAUGAAAAGUUUAUGAAAGAGUCAGAACCGUAUUUUGAGAAUUAUAAAACAUUAUGUGUGGAUACGAAAUAUGGAAAUGGAGCGACAGAAUCAGAAUUAAAAGAAAGUGUACAAAAAGCAGCAGCUAAUAGUACGAAAGAAUGUUGUACUGAUUUUGGUGAUUGUUCUCCUACCCAAUUAUUUAAUCUUACUGAAGAUAUAAGUAAUAUUAGAUAUAAAUGUUUUUGUGAAAAAGGUGACUAUUAUAAACAACGUCAUAGUGAAAAUAAAUGUAAAAAUCUCCUAAAUCCUGAUAGUACUGUGGUUACAGGCCAAGUGGUUGAUCCCCCUUCACUUGGUACCGCUAGCCAAACUGUUGGUGGUACACCGGCGUGCGACAUAGUUAAAUCACUUUUGCAGGGUAAAAGCGGAAAUGAGAAAGUAGAUGGUUGUAACAGGAAAGAAGGAUCAUUUGAUUGGAAAUGUGAAGGUAAGGUUAAAAAUGGUGAAAAUGGAGCAUGUAUGCCUCCUAGAAGACAAAAACUAUGCGUAUAUAAUUUAACACAAGAAAACGAAACAAACACAUCAGAGAAAUUGAAAGAUGCUUUUAUAAAAUGUGCUGCAAAAGAAACGUUUUUUUUAUGGCAUAAAUAUAAAGAAGAUAAAGAAAAAGAAAAUUCAUCUAACAAACCAGAGGAUGAAUUAAAAAAAGGAAAUAUCCCUCCUGAAUUUAUACGUCAAAUGUUCUAUACAUUAGGAGAUUUUAGGGAUUUAUGUUUAGGUACAGAUAUGGGUAAUGAUGAUGGUACAAAAGUAUCCGGGAAUGUUAAGAAAAUUUUAGAUAAAGAAAAAGAUACCAAAUAUAAUGGAAAAUCUGAUGACGAAAAACGUAAAACUUGGUGGAAAACCAUCGAAAAAAAUGUAUGGGAAGCAAUGGUGUGUGCACUAUCAUACAGUGGUGGUAAGGUGGACACAGCUACUCAAGAAAAACUCAAAGGUAACGACAAAAACAACUAUGAUAAAGUGACAUUUGAUGAUACCAGUGGUGCCGAUCUCACCACUUUUGUGGCUCGACCACAGUUUCUUCGCUGGGCAGCCGAAUGGUCCGAAGAUUUUUGCCACAAACGGAAAAAAUUAGUGGAGGAGGUGAAAACAGCGUGUCAAAAAUGUAAAAAUGCCUCAGAUAAAUAUCACGAAACACACAGUGUGGAUAAAAAUAGUGGUAGUAGCACAAGUGGUGCUCCAGGCAAAAAAUGUGAUGAAAACAAUGGUAACAAUGAUAAGGAUUGUAAAGAGUGUAAUACAAAAUGUCAGGCAUGCAAGGAAGCAUGUGAUGCAUAUAAAAAUUUUGUGUCUUCCACAGGUGGUGGUGGUACCACAAAUGAUUGGAGAAAACAAUGGGAAAAUAUGAAAAAAUAUCUUAUAUGUGAGAAAUAUUAUUUGAUGAUUCUAAUAAUGUAA